AUGCAGGACCAGAUCCAGAAGCUACUACUCAUUGGCCCCGGUGGGGCCGGGAAAACGUGCAUGCGAAGCAUUAUAUUCGACAACUAUUUGCCGCGUGACGCGCUGCGGCUGGGAAUCUCCAUAUCUUUGGACCAGAGCCAAGUGCGCAUGUUUAACAACCUCUACCUCAACCUAUGGGACUGUGGUGGGCAGCACCGUUACGUGGCGGAGUACCUGAACCGCCAGAAGGAGUACAUCUUCCGAAGCGUCAGUGUGAUGCUUUUCGUGUUUGACAUCAAUAGCAUGAGCCGCGAGAGUGAUGACACAUAUGGAGGGAUGUCAACCGAUUGGAGCCGGCCGGAGAUGUUGGAGUACUUUCAGUCUGCUAUGCGUUACAUUCGACAAUACAGUCCACAUGCGAAGAUUUUUGUGUUGCUGCAUAAGAUGGAUCUCAUCGCCAAGGAACUUCGUAAGACUAUUUUUGAGUCUAGGAAGGCAGAGAUUCUCUCGCGACUCGAGGUUGACGAAUCCGCGUGCAACAUCCAGUUCUUUGCUACGAGCAUUUGGUCAGACUCACUUUAUUUGGCAUACAGCAGUGUUGUACGCUCCCUCAUACCUCAUAGAGAUGUUCUCAUGCGAGAGAUGAAAAAGUUGCUCCACAGCUGCAACGCGAUGGAGGUGGCUCUCUAUGAGCGCAGCACGUUUCUUUGCCUGACACACGUCAGCCGCAAGGACGCCGAUGACAGAUUUGUAAGCAACGCUGGCGGCAGUGGUAGCGGCAACAAUAAUGACAACUAUGCUAACGACGACACUUGCGUUGAGACGGACAGCAGUGCGAUUGGCACACCAAAAUGCGAAUUCCGAACGACAGAAGUGAGUGAGACGGUGAAACAUUUUAAGUUAAGUUGCAUGAACAAUUCGACGAGUCUCGAUGGAUUUCAGAUUACCACGGAGAACUUUACCGCGUUGCUUCACCCCUUUACAAACUGUACCUAUGUGCUUCUUGUUUCGACGGACCCUAGUGUUAGUGUUGAGCUUCACAAGCUCAACGUGCACAGCGCACAGCGUGCGUUUGAGCUUUUUCUUCGAUCGGGGGACCCCAUUGCAGAAGAAAUGAGGCAAAUACUGUGA